UUUCCAGUCUCAGAAUAGGAAAAGAUUCCUCUUUUCCUAUUUGAAAAGAAGCCUAUCCCAUUUCAAUUUCAUAUUAGAGACUACUUGAGCACUUACUCGGGAAGCCUGAUUAUAGUUCGACCAUAAACUUAACCAGCAAGGAUACUCCUAAUUAUCAUGGCAGAGGAGGAAGUCACUCCCUUGACCCUCGACGGCGAGAUUGUCUCCGCCGCCGCCGAUCAAGAUCGCGACAAUUGCGACGAGACUACAACUGAUCGUCUCUCCAUUCCUCCAUUGGAGAAAUUGAAGUUUCAGCCAAGGAAGAAACUUCUUGUUCUUGGCCUAGGCGGAGUUCUCACUCACAGAAUUUUCCAUACAGAAACCGUUAAGAUUCCGAAGAGUCGAAGUCCCACUGGGAGAUACGGGAACCAUCUUGUUUACAAGAGAGCUUUCUGUGACGAGUUUCUGAGCUUCUGCUUUGAAAGAUUUGAAUUGGGAAUUUGGUCUUCGGCUACCAGACGAAACUCUGAUAGUGUACUGGAUUGCAUAUUGAGAGAUUUACGGGGAAAGCUUCUAUUUUUAUGGGAUGAAGAUCACUGUACUGAUUCUGGGUUUAAGUCUUUAGAGAGCAAAGGGAAGGCUCUUCGUUUCAAGCAACUGAAAAAAUUAUGGGAGAAUCUUAACCAAAAAUUUCCAGAUAAAUUGGAAGGAUACUCUGCAUCAAACACCUUGUUAAUUGAUGAUAGGCCAUACAAGGCCUUACUAAAUCCUCCCAACACAAGCAUCUUCCCAGAGCUUUACCUUGCAAAAAAUGUUAAUGAUAAAGUUCUUGAUCCAAAGGGAGAGCUGGGUUUGUUCUUGGAAGGUCUUGCAAUGGCGGAUGAUGUGCAGUCAUACGUGAGGACACACGCUUAUGGACAGCCACCGAUUGUUCCUUCGCAUCCAGACUGGUUUUACUACUCCAUGGUUGUCGAUAGAAUCUCUCAGAGAAUGAGCUCGCUGAAGAUUUGAUUUAGAUGAAAGAUAUGAGUGUGAAAAUGGAUGAGCAGAAUUUUGUAUUUAUGUAAGUUAUAAACCUGUUUUCUUGCUUUUCUUUCUUCAGCUUUCGUUCCUGGUCUGUGUCAAUGGAUUGAGUUUUGGUUGCAGCUAUAAAUCUGUGUUGUUGAAUCA